CCUCGCCCCCCUCUGCCCCUCGCCCCCCUCUACCCCUCGCCUCCUCUUCCCCCCUCGCCCCCUCUGCCCCUCGCCCCCCUCUGCCCCACCCCUCUGCCCCUUGCCUCCUAUGCCCCCUCGCCCCCUCUGCCCCUCGCCCCCCCACUGCCCCUCGCC